UUUCCUAUUUUUUUUAAUGCAUGUUUAUCCAAUAACAUGUGCGAAUAUAAAUAUAAAUAAAUAUAAAUAAAUAUAGCCCCCAUCCUCGGAUCUCUGCCACACGUGUCAGACCUCCAACUCCAUCUCUCAUUCCCACGUGCACCCUUUUCCCCUCACUUUCAGCCGCCUUUUUUUCAGUGAACUGAAUUCCAUGCAUGUUAUAAAAUACACAGAGACACAGACACAAAGAAGAAGAAGAAGAAGAAGAAGAAGAAGAAGACAUGGCAAUGGUGAGAGAGAGAAGGCAUCAACAACCUCUAAGGAUCUCACCGCCAUUGCCGGACCUCCACCUCCCACCACCACCAUCCUUCCCCUUCCUCCCCUUCUCCGACCUCGAGAAGCUCGGCGUCAUCGGCCACGGCACCGACGCCACCGUCUACAAAGCCCGGGACUCCCACACUCACUCUAUCUACGCCCUCAAAGUCCUACGCCUCGGCCUUAACUCCUCCUCCGACGCCCUCCGCCGCGCCGCCCGUGAAGCCGAUAUCCACAACCACCUCAACAGCCAGUAUGUCGUCCGGUUCUACGGCGUGCUAGCCGGAGAGGAUGACAAGCUAGCUCUAGUAAUGGAGUACAUGGAUGGUGGAACACUAGAAGAUUUUAUAAAAGCUCGCCGGAGACCAUUGGCAGAGGAGCUCAUUGCCGGAGUGGCAAGAAGAGUGCUUGAAGGGUUGUGUUAUUUGCAUGACAAUGGAGUUGUUCACAGAGAUAUCAAACCGGCGAACUUAUUGAUCUCCGGUGACGGUGAGGUGAAGAUCGGGGAUUUUGGUGCGAGCCGGAGAGUGGUGGUGGCCGGAGAUGUUUGGGAGGCAUGUGAGGGGACUUGUGCUUAUAUGAGCCCGGAGAGGAUGGACGGAGAAGGGUUCGGUGGCGGUGGAGACGGCGGAGGGUGUCCCGGAGAUGUUUGGGCCCUUGGAGUGGUGUUGUUGGAGUGUAAAGUGGGGAGGUUUCCGUUGGUGGCUGCGGGGGAGAGGCCGGAUUGGGCGACAUUAAUGUGCGCAGCCUGCUUUGGGGAGCCGACUCCGAUGGUGCCCGAGGCAGCAUCACCGGAAUUUCGCAGCUUCGUCGGAAGGUGUCUGGAGAAGGAUUGGAGGAGGAGAGGUUCUGCAAGAGAACUCCUCAGCCACCCUUUCAUUAUAGAUCAUGUUCAUUGCCAAUGCUUACUGACUAGUUAUACCACUACUAAUCUUUCUUCUUGUUUCUAAAUCUUUGUCAUUGAAUU